AUGCAUGCUGUCAAUGACCUUUGUCUACACAAGAUGGGGGGAAGUCUCUAUCAACGAAUUGAAAAGGAGUGUGAAGCGCACGUAUCAACUGCACUUAAGUCUUUAGUAGGCCAAAGCGAAGAUCUGGUGGUAUUCUUGUCGUUAGUCGAGAAGUGCUGGCAGGAUUUUUGUGACCAGAUGUUGAUGAUCCGUGGUAUAGCCUUGUAUCUUGAUAGAACUUAUGUGAAACAAACCCCAAAUGUGAGCUCAUUGUGGGACAUGGGCUUGAAGCUGUUCCGCAAACAUCUCGCCCUAGCUUCAGAAGUGGAGCACAAAACUGUCUUCGGCCUUCUGAAAAUGAUUGAGAGUGAAAGGUAA